AUGCACCGUUGAUGACACGGUCGCCCUUGGACAGUGCGCUGUGCUGGGUGCCACCGUUGUAUCAGCACAACUAUCUUCAGGCUGUGUAGCUGCAUUAUCUCAAGUGUCUGCGAAUCCAGACGCUUGUUCGGCAACGGAGAUGCUUCGAUCCGACGAUACCAUCGCUGCGGUAGUGGGGAAUCUCACCGCAGGUUGCGGCACAGAAUUACAUACCAGAGCUUUGUUGACGGCACUCUCAGCGUUAAUCGCAUUGUAUCAUUGGUCGGAGAGAAAUCUGGCCUCAGAGGCGUAUCCUGUCCUGGCUAACAACGAAAUGGAAUCCAUCCAAAGUCAAUGUGGAGAGAGUUUCACUGACGGCACAGCUCCUUCCGGGAUCACCGAAACUGCUCAGAAAGGCUUGGCCUCCUCCACAGUAAUGUUGGCGUAAAUCCGGGAAAGGGGACGGGAGGUUCUAAUCAAAUUCGUGAACCGCUUUGAACUGACCUUUUUUUAUAACCUCGAAAUACUCAUUCGGAAACGCGUCGUAUAUCACCCUGAAUGGGAA